GUUAUGUAUCAAGCUAUUUGUUAUAAAAGGACUACAAAGUAUUAAUUUCUUGGUUAUAUAACCAUGAAUUAUUAGAGUGACAGUAAACAAACUCCAUCAAACUUCAAUCCGAAGCAUAUAUUAGCUGCUACAGGCCUACUUGUGGUUGUGAUCAUGAACCAGAUUUUAUAAUAUUGUACAAUGGGAACUUCACACAUAUCUUCGAUAAUAUCUAUAUCUUUGGUAUGGCUGGACAUGGAUCAGCAAGUAGCAACUAUGAUAGUAAAAUCAAUGGAAAUAGAGAACUAGUCAUACCUCAGUCAGGGAAUAAUACUAGUCUCUUACAAAACCACCUAGAUUCAAACAUCAUAGCAACGAAACCAUCAAUAAGCAAACUUGAUUCUUUGCUGAAUGAUUCAGCGUUACCUCAGGAAAUUAAUCCAAAUCCUUUAUGUGCAAUUCCCAAAACAGUGGAUAAUUCUGACGAAGAAACGACAAUGUUUGCUGAAAGAGAGUGUAAUAAGAUUUCUUCUAGCAGAUGUACAAGUGACUCAGAGGUUGAUCGAGAAGUUGAAGGAAUACUAAAUAAAAACACUUCAAAAGUGACAAAAUUGCCAACAGUGGCUAAACCACAUGAUAUAUCCCCAUCAACUGAAGGUGAGAGUGAUAAAGAUGCAAAUGAUGAUGAUGAUGAUGAAGAGGAAGAUGACAUUGAUGAAGAUGAUACAGAUGUUUCCCCAGUGUCUCAGGAGAGUGAAGAACAGCCACCAGCUAAAAGAAAAAGGACAGCCAGUAAAAAAGGAAAAGAAG